AUGAAUUUUAGGAAGAAAGGCGAGCUCCGAGUUACAGAGCAACAAAUUUCGAUGGCUGGUAACUCGAAUGGGAGCCACCACCAGAGAUACAAGCACCUUUCGAACAGUCCAUCUGUCACCAACUAUCUGUAUCUGGUUAAGAAUAGAAAUGAUACCAGUUUUGUGCUCUAG